CGCCCCGCAAUUUCCCACCAUGCAGCGGGUGAUGUCUAAGGAAAGAUGGCGGAAGGAGGAGCGGCUGAUCUGGAUACCCAAAGAGGAGAGGUGGCGGCACUACUGAAAACACAGCUAAGAAAGGGAGACACAUGGUACCUUGUGGACAGUCGCUGGUUCAAACAGUGGAAGAAAUAUGUGGGAUAUGACAGCUGGGACAAAUACCAGAUGGGGGACCAGAAUGUCUACCCAGGACCCGUUGAUAACUCUGGUCUUCUCAGAGAUGGGGACGUGCUGGCCAUCAAGGAGCACCUCAUCGAUGAGCUCGACUACAUCUUGGUCCCGACAGAGGGCUGGAACAAGCUCGUCAGCUGGUAUGGAUUAACAGAUGGUCAGGAGCCAAUUGCACGCAAGGUGGUGGAACAGGGUAUGUUUGUAAAGCACUGCAAGGUGGAGGUGUACCUGACAGAGCUGAAGCUCUGUGAAGACAGCAACAUGGACAAUGUGAUCACCAGACGCUUCAGUAAAGCUGACACAAUAGACAUGAUAGAGAAGGACAUGAGGAAGCUGUUCAGCAUCCCUGAUGAGAAGGAGACCAGGCUGUGGAACAGGUACAUGAGCAAUACCUUUGAGCCUCUCAACAAACCGGACAGCACCAUUCAAGACGCCGGCCUCUACCAAGGACAGGUUCUCGUGAUAGAGCAGAAGAGCGAGGAUGGCACAUGGCCCCGAGGCUCUACGGCACCCAAGUCAUCUGGCGCUUCCAAUCUCUCUGCUUUGCCAAAGAUCUCGCCUUCAUCUCUCACAAACAAUCAUAACAGCAGCUUCAACAGCAGGAAGUAAGGCUUAGUAGUGGGUUGACUAGCUGAGGGGUGGGUUUGGAUGCCAACAGCCAGAGAUGGAGUCUGCCGCGGUCGCUCGGCACAAACUUCAGAUCAAAUUGGCGAAGUGGUAGUGGCUUAAAGAAAGUCUACAGUGACUUCAGUUUGAUCUAUUUAAACCUUUUCUCAUCUGUUCUGCUCAGUUUACACUCAUUCUUUAUUCAGCCAUGCUAAAUGAAGCAGCUAGCAAGUAUCUAAGUAUGAAGUUUGUCCAGCAUUGUUUUGUACAGGUCUAUCUCUGGC